AUGGACCUGCUGGCCCUGGUCCUGGAGGACAACCGCCUGCUCCUGCACCGGCUAAAUUGGCAGCGGCUGUGGGUGACCACCCAGGACCCCCAAAUCUCGGCCCUGGCCUGGUCCCAGGACGGGCGGGAGCUGCUGGUCGGCGGGGAGGAUGGGUCUGUGACCCUGCUGGCCGCAGAGGAUGGCGCGGUGAUGCAGCGGGCACGCCUCCUCCCCGCCCCACAUGCCGUGGUGGCGGUGCAGUGGGUGGAGGCCCCUCUCCCCAAUACAACACCCCUCUUCCCCGACCGCGUGCGCCGUUUCUUUCCGCCCCAGAAACACAGCCCGGCCCUGGGCCUGGCGGGCAUGGGCAGCCGCCCGGCGAUUGGAUGGCCCGCGGAGCCGGCCAGCGUCAGCCUGCUGCUCGCCCUCUCUGCCUCCGGCGACCUCGUCAUCAGCACCAGCACCCUGCAGCCCUUGAUCCAGCUGACGCAGACGAGCCAGCCGGCGGGGCAUGCAGCGAUCACUGCGUCCCUGUCGCCGGAUCUCGCCCACUGCGCGGUGAUGUGCAGGAGCGGCGACGGCGGGGUAACAAUGACGAUACGAGGCACUGCCUGCCUGUCUGAGAACCUGGCGAUGCUGCACAGACAAACACUGGACAAGUUUGGAGACUCGACCUCCGUAGUAUGCACCCUGGAGCGAGUGCUCCGCGAUGGGACCAUCUCAGAUGGCCUGCAGCAGUACCUCUCCGUAGAUUUUGGAGAGACCGGUCUGAAGAAGCUGUCCAGGGCAGUGGAUGGCGCCGUGCUUUCGACACAUGCCCUGAUGCUGGACAAUGUGGCACCCACCCUGGAGCAAUUGGCGUUUCUGAUGGGCGAGCUACGGGGUGCCAGCCAGCUCCCUGCCUGGAAGGCAGUGCUGAGCCUGGAUACGGUGGCAGUGACCAGGCUGGAGGAGCAGGUCCUCCUCCUUUGCCUGCACGUCGACACGGAGAGGCGGCGCUUGCUGAGCAGAGGCGAGACCCUGCGCAUGUUUUUCGCCUGGCUCCUGACCGUCAUGAGGAGGGUGCAUCAGACGUCCCCAGACGCAAUGGCCUGGUUCCCGGAGAGCCAUCUGAAGGCGGUCACUCGAUUCCUCAUGGGCAAAGCAUUUGACCAAGACCCUACCGCAGACUUUCUCCUGCCCAAGGAGGGCGCCGAAGCCAGUCACAUGCCCAACUGGGCAGACUUUGUCCUGGAACAUGCGCGAGCAUGGUCACGCUCCAAGGACAUCACCGGUGGGUGGCAGUGA